AUGUACCCGCCCCCGCCGGAGGGAAGGGCGGAGGGCGAGCCCCCGGAGGGGACCGUCGUCGUUUUAGGGAGGGACGGGAAGGAAAAGGGAACGAUCGGGGUCCCGGGCUCCCAGCUCCGGGGCCUCGCCGUCAGCGAGGACGGCUCCACCGUCUACGUCCUGCACACGGACGAGCCAACAAGCACCUCGCGAAUCUACCGCUGCGUGAUCGCGUAA